AUGGACAAGGAGAAAUUUCAAAGGAGACUACUGACCAUAUUUGGGGAGGCACUAGAAGAAGAUAAUUUAGAUUUCUUUUCUAUUUCUAUCGGCGAUGAACUCGACAACUCAAAACGACUGCCUCGUUUGAUGUGUCGAGUCAAAAAUUCCCUAUCAGUCCACUAUUGCAACCGCGAAGUGCAGGUGGCAGAUAGGGGUCCAGAGAGCGAGGGCUACAUCCGGACACCCGGAUAUCCGCACUUCUACAUCGGAGACGAGUGCCGAUGGAAACUCCGGGCACAUCCGGAACAACGAAUACGAGUUACCUUGCUUGAUGUUAGUUUAAGAAGUAUAGGCCCAUUUGAAAAUAACUGCACUGAUUAUGUGGCAGUGUAUGAUUCAAACGGCGAUUCUCUUCUAAGCAGCUGUGAUCAAGUUGAAAUGCCAUUACGCUUGCUCUCUGUAACAAACACCGUUGAAGUAUUAGUUGAAGCUAGAUCUAAGGGCGCCUUCCCAAAAAGAGGCGUGUUGUUACAUUAUAAAAGUUUAGGGUGUGUUACUGUAUCAGCGCCAUCUAACGGCUACAUUGUGUAUAGAAAUGAAGAUGUAGCGCACUACGUGUGUGAUGUGAAUUUUGUUUUCAUCGACACACGACAAAGGGCGCGGAUAUUAUGGUGCUAUGAUGAUAAUAGAUGGAAUGAUACUGUUCCAGAAUGUAUCGAAGAGACGACUCCUCAGGUGGUCGUCGCAAAUUAUUCUGUCCCGGAGGUCGAUAAAGAUACAAAACUGCCGCACAACGAGGGAAAUAUGAUAGUUGACAUCGUCAUCCCGUCGCUACUGAUAGCGGCGUUGUUCAUCGGAAACGCAUUCAUCGUACUCAUUAUAUACAAAUACAGAAAACGGAAAACAGAUGAUCUAGAAGACGAGUUCAACACAAUCCCCCUGAGUGUUAACGGCAACGUCCACAGCGCCGGUAACGCGGUCUAG